AGUAUGCUUCCCAGAAUGGGACAGAUUCCAAGUACCCUUGAUAUACAAUGCUGGCUUAGUGUAUUAAUGUAACUGGGGUGCUCUUCCUUCUGGGAUGACCCAGUGUGUAAAACUGGGUCCUUAAAAAUGUCAGCCUGUUCCUGAUUUUAUCAGUGAUGAAAAUCUAGUUGUGUUUAUCUCUUAUUUUUCUGGUUUGGAUAAAUGUCUGUUCUAAAUUUGUGGGCUAGAGGCCUGUUUAACACAUAGGCCACAGUGUCACAUGGUGCUUUCUAAGGCGUUGCAUCAGAAAGUUAAAGUAUCUAUAAGCCUUAAACAUUUAAAAUGCUUUCCAAAAUCAGAGCCAAGAAAGCUAGUUUCAAAAAUAUACUUCAGGUUUUUACAUUUGCUUAUUGUUUGAAGUUUUGGGGUCCCACUGGGCAAGCGCUACAACACUAAGCUAUCUUCUCGGCUCUUUCUCUGUUCCUUCUUUCGAGACUUGGUCUCACUGAGUCGCCCUGUACUCACCCUGUAGUGUAGGCAGACCUUAGGACUGUGACCCGUUUGCCCUAGUCCCCCUGAGUAGCUGGGAUUACAGACCUGUGUGUCUAGGCUCAGCAAGUUUAGUUUUUGAAGCUGUACAUUUAAAAGUAAUGUCCAGUUUGUUCACAAAAUCACUGUUUGCUGGGAAGACUUUUGAAACCCACAGAAACUUAAAAAUCACCAUAGUUCCAAAAGUUUACAGGUAACUAACUGUCAGUGAUGCAAUGUUCUGUGAAUGUUGGUCUCUGUGGUCAGUCCAGUGCAGGCCACAUGGUUUACAGGUGGGUCUAUCUGCAGGUGGAGUAAGUCGUCUGUGUGCCAUGGUCAUACACAGUCCUGGGUUGCCUUACAGUGGGGUGUCUUCAAAGAAUAUCUCUUUAGGUGGAUCUGAUACUACGGCUCGAUGUUCAGACUCAGAUAAUUGUGGCAUGAACCUUUCCAUAUGUGGUCCAUGAUUGACCAAAAUGAUGUUGCAAAGUGUGUGGUCACAGUAGAUGUCAUUUCAAAGGAAAAGAAGGCUAGAAUGUUUUAGUAGACGGCACUGUAUAUUGAUUGGCUUAUGAAUCUGGCUUUGCAAUGUCCUGCACAUAGGAAAACUUACAGUUUUCUGUGGCUAUAACCUGGGUGCAUCAUCUGCUCCUUGAACUCUGAGGCCAGACUUCAGAUGCUUAUAUCUGGCCUAAUGGUGCAGAAAUAGGAAACACUUAAAUCAAUUUGUCUGGCGAAUCGUGUUAGGUACUGACUGACAUUUUGUCAUCAGGAGCUCUUGCUUGGCAUUUCUAAGACACACUACUCCAUCCUGGAGGAGUUUCACCUGACCUGAUUCACCAAAUGUGGAGACUGCCCAUUUCUAUGUAUCGUGUGUGGCCACAGACACCAUCAGCAUUGAGUAGCUUGUUGUAGCUUCUACAUUAGCCUUUGUGAUUUGCCAAUGUGAGGAAACACAUGGAGUCAUGGGGUGUCCGCACUUAGGUCCCUAAUGUAGACACUAAAAGAGGAGUAAGGAAAAUUGAGGUUUUCCUGGUGAAAGAGAAAAACUUCAGGUCCUCAGCUCAGUUGCCCUGAAGUAUCUCAUCUCCUAUGGCACAGGGUCAAGGUCAGAGGCAAAGCUGGCAAUAGAUGUCUCCAUCUGAGGCAAGGCUCCUGGUGACAUGAUUUGUUAUGCCGAUAGAAGUCACAUGCUUCAGCCUUCCAUCUCCAACCCCGAGUAUGUUUUCACGCAUUACUCCAACAUUUGAAACCAGUCUGGUUCACACGAAAGCUUGUGCUUUCCCCUCUACUCAUUAAUUCUGCUGCACGGUCUCUGCCACAAACAUUAAGGAAUGUCAAGUCGUGGGAUGCUAAUCAAGAGCUUUUUUUUUUUUUUUUAACAAUAAAAAGUAUGAAGUUGAGAUGUCUAAUUUAAAUUAUUAGAGAUCUAAUUUAGAUCACUAAAUAUUAAUGUUUAAUGUAGACCAUUAGAGUUACUCAAAGUAUUCUGCGUAGGACACUUUGUUAGAGUCUAGUUUGGCAAAGCACUUUUUCGAACUUGAGUUAAAUCAAUAGGCAACCCAUGGGUAAAAAUAGAUUCUGGCAUCAUAUCAUUUUAUACCAAGCCUCUGGCUUUGGAAAGCCAACUUCAGAGUUGCGUUUUUUUUUUUUCCCCAGUUCCCUUCUUUCCGUAUUGGAGACAAAGUCAUGGGAUCUAUUGUCCGACUGGAAAUGAUUCACUGGGGAAACUGUAGGAGUGACCUGUUUCUAUUCAGUGCUCCCUGUGAGCCCUCAGGGACUCCCCAGGGAAAGUGGAUGGGAUUGGUGCAGAAUGCCUUGGAGUGGUGUGUGGUCUCUGCCGGCUGGCAGCUAGGUGCUGAUGCUGUACAAGUGAUGUAGGUGACGACUGGUUUUGGUUGCAAGAUGAUCCUUACCCCGGUUUGCCAAAACAAGUCAGAGUAUGACUCCGGCUGUGGAGAAGGUAGAGUUCUGUUGACUAACUUGGUUUUAACGGGUUUUAUGGCUGCAUGUUUAAGUGUGAAACUAAUAGUAUCUGCCUGUGUUGUUUGGAGUCCGUUUUAAGUUUACAUCUAAAACACAGAUUUUAGGUCGUUGACUCAUUUCUUCUUCUUGGCAAGGGAUACAUGCCAGGUGGACACCUCAGAGAGCGCUGCAUAUCCCAGCCAUUGUUCACAGGGCAGGCAGCUGGAUGCCUGCAGUUCUCUGUGGGAUUCUUGCAGGCCUGAGUGUGUAUUGACUUUCCCUCCAUUCCCCUUAACUUCAUAGCUUAUCAAUGAAAAGCUUGAUUUAGAAAAACAUGUAUUUCCCAAAACCAGAUUUAGAUACUACUGUGAACACAAUGGGGACGAAGACAGGCAGGGAAGGGGCUUUUCCUAUUGGAUUUCUUCACUCUCCCUUGAGGGAUUUACGUCUUAUACAAGGUAUACACUUGUGGCUUAGACUCUGGGGUUAGAGGUGCAGGGAGCAAGGCUCAGCUCUGCUUUAGACUGGCUAUGGUUUUGUGAUUUGCAGCCCUGGAUGUAAAUGGUAGCUGCCUUGUACUUUAUACAAAGCAGAGUUGUUGAAAGCUAUGAGGACCCAGAGAGCUAGGGCAAGAAACUGCCUGGGGACAGUCAGUGGAAUGGCACCUUGGCUUGGCUUCUCUUUGUAUUUGCCCUGGUGAAAUGGCCUGGCUUCAGAGCGCCAGUCUUACCUGUGACCUACCUUCACUCUGGGGCACUUUGACUUCAGCAUAUGUCGCUGUUAACUUCUAUUUGUUCACGCGUGUUUUUCCACUAGGACAUCAUUUUAUUGAGCAUUAUGGUACAAUAACCACUGGGCCUUGGGCCCUCACUGUGGAAUCACACACAUAUGGGAACAGCCCAACUUCAUGGAGCUGAGUUGUUAGCCCCUAAAAACUCAAUCAUCAUCUGUUACAGUCCCUCAGAACAUCUGGAAAAAUAUGCAGCUUGGUGGGCAUAUUGAUUCACGUUUUAUAAUCCCAGCACUUGGGCAGUUGAGGCAGGGCCAUCAGGUAAGUCUCAUGUACAUAGUAAGUUCCAGGCCAGCCUGGGUGGACUCUUCCCUUGGGAAGAUAUAAGCAAGCACCUUCCCCCUCCUCAUAGGACACCAACGAACCAAAGGACGACUUUAUCAAAGUCUAACUUGGGGGAACAAUGAGGUUUUAUGGGCUCAUUUAUAGACCAGGGUAAGGGAUUGCCUACAUGACAUGGAUGACCCCAAAGCAACCAGACUUUUGAACCAGACCUUCACCCUAGCAUGGAUGGCUACUUCUUUGUGGCUGCAUUAAUGGCUUUUGCCUUCAGUAGCCAUUCAUCGUUUAUAAACACUAACUAGUACCUCUAGUGAAUACAAGACCAUGGGACAGAGUUACACGCAGCUAGCUGGCAGGUGAAGGAGCAUUCGGAGUCCAAACGUGCAUUGACCUUCCCUAUACCUUCUUUCCAUAAGGGGAAUAUCAGCAGGCAACAGGUCUGAUCCACAGACUCUUGCAAGUAGUCACAGCUAUUGUGAUGAAAAUGCUGGUCAUGUUUGGAGGACCACACUCUACAACACGCUGUCUCACACCAAAAGCCCCAGUUUGGUCAUUUAAAUUCUAUCGCCCUGGGCAUUGGUGGUGAAUGCCUUUAAUCCCAGCACUUGGGAGGUAGAGGCUGGUGGAUUUCUGAGUUCAAGGUCAGCCUGGUUUACAGAGUGAGUUCCAGGACAGUCAGGACUACACAGAGAAACUCAAACAAAACAAAACAAAACAAAACAAAACAAAACAAACAAAAAUUCUGUCUCUCCAGCUCUGAGAAGGUGAGGGCUCUCCAGAGGCCUGUGUUGGGAGAUCAGUGGCUUUCUUGUGGAUUGCCAUGCAGAGCCUCCUGCCCCCCUUAAUGAACACUUGGAACAGCAACUUGUUAGAAGCACAAGAUCAAAUUCUGUAAUUCUGUUUCAGUGUUGCUGUAUUGUAUCUUCCUUGAAGCUUUAGGAAGAGUAGAUUUGGCCAGAACCCCACCAUACAUGUGUACUAAAACCGUAAGGUCCCACCCUUCCGCCUGUCCAUUCAUCAGGUUACCACGAGGCUCCGUCAUCAAACUGUGCACCCUGAAUCAAAACUAAACAUCGAGGCUGAUUUGCAAGAUGAAUCAAAAACUCAUUAAAUUAUUUAUGUGAUUUGUUCCUGCAGAAAACAUCAUGAAAAGCACAGCCAUUUGUGAAGCCGCACAGACUGGUGUGGUGUGCCCUGUGCUCUUGUCCUCAGCUUGUCAGGGUUAGGUCUGGGGCCUGGUGAUCUGGUGAUUAGAGACUUAUCUGAGUAUCAAGAGCCAGAUCCCUGGGAUGUCUUGGUUAAGCAGUGAGUGAGUGAAUGAGUGUGUGUGUGUGUGUGAGAGAGAGAGAGAGAGAGAGAACAGUUUUCAUAGAGACCUAGGAGAAAUUUGAAUGGAGAGAGAGCUUAAUGAGCCAGAUUUCAGACCUAAAGAAUGCUAUGGCAGGGGUAGGAGAGUAUCCCCAAGAUUCGCCCAGAUACACUGGUCAGAUGAGCUCACAAAGAACUGAAUGGGUAGGCUCUUGGUUAUACCUUGGUUAGAAAGAACCCUGAUUCUGGAAGUCUGGAAAGUGUAGCUCAGACUUCGGUUUUUAUAUAGGAGAUAUGUACCAAGCCUCGCUAGCACUCAUAUGGUUUCCCACCGUGUCAGCUACACCAACUACUACAAAAGGAGAGGGGAGAGGGAACAUGUGACACGGGAUGGUAAGCCUUAGGUAGAAAUUGGCCCUUGUGUUUGUCUGUUAGUUUGUAUAAGUCUUAAGGUUUUCCCUUAAAGGUUGAGGAAUAGGCAUAAGAAUCAAGAAGGUGAGCAAUUUAAUAUUCCUGGAAUUAGUGUAACACCUAACACCUAUCUCCGCGCGCCCCUCCUCCCUGCACCUUGUGUUGUCCUGCUAAAGCCACAGGACACUUCAGAAUCAGUGUGGGGAGAAGAAGGAAUGAAUGAUGUCAGGCCUGGUGGAACUCAGUUGAAUUUUAUCUAGCAAGAAGAACCAAGGGAGAGUGGCCUUUAGAAGUUCCCUGGGGAAGUUCUUGAGACCCUGGGGUUGUAUUUUCACAAAGUCUCCUGAGAAUUGUAGGGAAUUCUUCAGCAAUAUACACAGGAUGUUUUAAGUUUGUCACAAUUUUAUAAAUUCAUUUUGAGUUCUGCUUAACAGAAAGAGUUCAUUAUAGAUGGAUCCCGCUCCUCACUCAAAAAAGUUUUUCUUCAUAUUUCCAGGGCAGGGCUAGUACACAUGGCGGUGCACUCUAGAGUCAGAGGAUGACUUGGAAGGGCUGCCUCUCUCCUUCCACCAUGUGGGCUCCUGAGAUUAAACUCAGGUCCCCGGGCUUCGUUUCAAUCAAGCACCUUUACCCACCGAGCCAUCUCACCUGUUCCAGUGUUGUUUUUAAAUUUCUACCCGGACAAGGCCUGGUACUAUACCCACAGAUAGGAGACAAAUUGGAUAUUAUUUGCCCCAAAGUGGACUCUAAAACUGUUGGCCAGUAUGAAUAUUAUAAAGUUUAUAUGGUUGAUAAAGACCAAGCAGACAGAUGCACAAUUAAGAAGGAGAAUACCCCGCUGCUCAACUGUGCCAGACCAGACCAAGAUGUGAAAUUCACCAUCAAGUUUCAAGAAUUCAGCCCUAACCUCUGGGGUCUAGAAUUUCAGAAGAACAAAGAUUACUACAUUAUAUCUACAUCAAAUGGGUCUUUGGAGGGCCUGGAUAACCAGGAGGGAGGGGUGUGCCAGACAAGAGCCAUGAAGAUCCUCAUGAAAGUUGGACAAGAUGCAAGUUCUGCUGGAUCAGCCAGGAAUCACGGUCCAACAAGACGUCCAGAGCUAGAAGCUGGUACAAAUGGGAGAAGUUCAACAACAAGUCCCUUUGUGAAGCCAAAUCCAGGUUCUAGCACCGAUGGCAACAGCGCGGGGCAUUCCGGGAACAAUCUCCUGGGUUCCGAAGUGGCCUUAUUCGCAGGGAUCGCAUCAGGAUGCAUCAUCUUCAUCGUCAUCAUCAUCACUUUGGUGGUGCUGCUGCUCAAGUACCGCAGGAGACACCGCAAACACUCUCCACAGCACACGACCACGCUGUCUCUCAGCACACUGGCCACGCCCAAGCGAGGUGGCAACAACAAUGGCUCGGAGCCCAGUGACGUUAUCAUACCACUAAGGACUGCAGACAGCGUCUUCUGCCCGCACUACGAGAAGGUCAGCGGGGACUAUGGGCACCCGGUGUACAUCGUGCAGGAGAUGCCCCCACAGAGUCCUGCCAACAUUUACUACAAGGUCUGAGGCCUGAGACCUGCGCCUCCCAAGGGAACUCGCACCUUGUUCUUGGGCACGCAGGGACUGCCUGAGCCUGGCUGUGGGGGCAGGAUGCCUCCUGGAAGAGCCUGGAUCUGGACAGUUUUGUAGUCUGUAGCUUUUCCGACCCUGGGGACCACAGACCCUCCCCGGAAGCUGGAAGACUGCUAGGAGAUCCCCACUUGGACUGCCGCGGCCCCACGCGGACCUCCAAGCCAUGCACCCAGCCACUCAGGCCUCUGCAGAGCCCGGGGAGGACACGGUAGGCUAUGGAUGGCGCAGCAGCAUCUUAGGAGAAGGUUGCGCACCAGGCCGGCCCCUGCCUCCACGUUUCCUGCCGUGCACACUGGACUUAUCACUUGGACCUCGGGUUCAGUAAGGUUUUCAAAGAUCUCUAGUGUUUAGUCCUCACUCACUCACUCACUCACUCACUCCUUCUCUUGCCAGGGCUCUGCAGCAAACUCCCUAGACCCCUCACUCCACGUACUGCAUCAUUACGGGACACUCACCACAGAGUCCCAGCUCCACCCUUUACACCAAGAUCAAAUUAGAUGGGUAUUAGGUACAGAAGAACCCUGCUUGCCUGGAGGCCGGGUCAGCCGGGAAGCGCAGAUGUGUGGAGGAGUGAGGAGGUGCUGGCUGCCACGGCAGGUCAAGGCUGCUUGCUGCCCCUGGAGCAUAGUAGGGAUGCAGGAAGGAAAUAGAUAAUGCUUUGGUUUUUCUGAGAGGACAGAGACAGGUGGGAGGUGACUGACUGGUGAGUGGUGGGGAGCCUUUCACUACCACACAGCUAUGCAGCAGGGAAUCAAAAGUCCCUCUCCUGCGGGGAACAAAGGGGCCAUUGUUGUGAAAGGACCAGCUAGAGCACAGAGGGAGAGGGCAGGCCUCCGGUGAAGUGCUGGGGCAGAACUGCAGAGGUACUGGAAAUAAAAAGCGCAGCGCAGAGCUGUGGGAGAGUCCGUCUGCUUUGGGAGAUGUUUUAAGCAGACUCAGCUGCUAUAUUACCACGUUUUUAUUAAAAACACAGGGAAAGCAUUUAGGAGAAGAGCAGAGAGCCAAAUCUGACCUAGAAGUUGAAAAGCCAAAGGUCAAACAGGCUGUAAGUCCAUCACCACUGAGGUUAUUGGAGAAUUCUCAUUAGGAAAGGCAGGUCAGAUUCCCCAGGCCCCAUAAGUGCCCCUUCCCCCUCCCUGAUUGAGCCUUACACGUUGGUUUUUGGUUUAUGGCCGUGCUGUCCGGGCUCCAAGGCAGUACCCGGGCUCCAUGUCAAAGCAAAGCACACAUGGCCCACCUCUUAGAGUCCUUGAGAUGGAAGUAAGUUAUGCCGCGGAAGGAAAGGCGAAGAUAGGACAUAUUUAUAAUAGGUGUAUAGAACACAAGGGAUAUAAAAUGAAAGAUUUUUACUAAUAUAUAUUUUAAGAUUACACACAAUACACACCAGAAGACGUGGAGUUCGGUGGUGGUGGUGGUCGUGGUGGUGGUGAUUAAAGUGACCCCAGCGCUUAGUGCUUUAAAAAGUGAAAGAUUGGGUAGCUACUCCCCGAAACGUACCAAUAGCAAGAAAAGUAUCCAUAAUGAGAGCAAAUGGCAAAAAUAACACGGUCCUGCGGGAAUCUCGCAGAACCGUAGACUAGGAAUGCCAGCCCCCCAAAUUGAUGUGACCCUGCCCCGGGUUAGACAAUGAUAAAAUGCGCUGGCCUUUAUUUUCUGUGUUGGGUUUUCCCUUGCCUUAUGGGCUGAAGUGUUCUCUAGAAUUUAGCAGGUCACACUGAGGGGAUUCCAGUUUAACUGUGGGUCCCUCCUCCUCUCCUACCCCAUCCCUGCCCUUCCAGAGAAUAACAGGAAGCCUUCCUUUUUUUUUUUUUUUAAGUGCUAUGCAAAAGAGACAUCUUUAACAGAGUCCUGUUACUAUGGUAACAUUUUGCUUUCUGAAUUGGGAGGAAAUAAAAAUUGUAAUGACAGCAUUUGAAGGUUCUCAGACCUCCAGUGAGUACCUGCAAAAAUGAGUUGUCACAGAGAUUAUUCCCUACUUCUCAAACCUGAAAAUGAUGUUGGUUCGAUGUGUGUGUGUGUGUAUGAGUGGGUGUGUGGUACAUGUGUGUACAUAUAUGUAUAAUAUAUAUCUCCAGUAUAUAUUAUAUAUAUCUAUAUCAUAUUUCUGUGGAGGGUUGCCAUGGCAAUCAACUGCAGUACAUAUGUAGUUCUUUCCAUCACCCUAACCUCUCCUGCGCAUUCACACAAGAGUUUCUUGUAAGCCAUCAAAAGUUAAUUCUAGGGGGAGAGGGAUGAGGCGGGGAGACAUGGGAAACCGUCUGAUUUUAAUGAAAUCAAAUGUCUGUGUCAUCGGUUGGCUACGUUUUGGUUCUAUGCUAAACUGUGAAGAAUCGGAUGAAUUGAUGAAGAGUUGAGUUACCUGCAACCCAUUGAGAAGUGUCCUGUGCGUCUGUUUUGUGUCUGGUGCAGAAAAUGACAAUCUACCAACUGUCCCCUUAUUUGGAGUUGGUUCAGCUUUGGAAAGUUACUGUAAAUGCCUUGCUUGUAUUAUCAUCCCUAGUCACCUGACUUCGGAGCUUGCACCAUCGUGUUUUAAGUGAAGACGCUGUAAAUAGGUUCAGAUCUUACCGUCUAUGGAUUCGGGUGUUACAGUAGCCUUAUUCACCUUUUUAAUAAAAAUACACAUGAAAACGAGACAGUAAUGGCUUUUCUUACCCAGAUUGUGUACAUAGAGCAAUGUUGGUUUUUUAUAAAGUCUAAGCAAGAUGUUUUGUAUAAAAUCUGAAUUUUGCAAUGUAUUUAGCUACAGCUUGUUUAACGGCAGUGUCAUCCCCUUUGCACUGUAAUGAGGAAAAAAAAAAGGUAUAAAAGGUUGCCAAAUUGCUGCAUAUUUGUGCCGUAAUUAUGUACCAUGAAUAUUUAUUUAAUUUCGUUGUCCAAUUUGUAAGUAACACAGUAUUAUGCUUGAGUUAUAAAUAUUUUUUCUUUGUUUUAUUUUAAUAGCCUGUCAUAGGUUUUUUUUUUAAUCUGCUUUAGUUCCACAUGACAGUUAAGCCCCAGAAAUGAGAUCCGAGCAGCCACAUUCCACGUCUGUUUCAAAAUGAAUUUGUUCUUAAAAAAAAUAAAAUAUUUUUUUCCUAUGGAAAAAGCGCCUUCAAAGUAUUUUCCUUUCCUUUUCAUUUUUUCUUUUGAUUUUCUUUCUUUUUCUGUUGUGUAUUAUGAUUUCCUUCCUUUUGUUAUUUCCCAAGUCACAGUUACCCAGAGACUUCUGCUCCUGGACCCUUUUAUGCCCAUCUCGGAAGACAAGUUGUGCAUGUGUUACAAAUAAAGUUUGAUUAAAGCCCUGA